AUCGUCAGGGAACUCUCGCAAGAAGUCGAAGAACUCAAGAAGGAGGUUCAAAUCUCUCGCAGAAGUGCCGACUGGGUGCGAGUUGUGAUCAUGCAUGAUAAUGUUUUCAUGAUGACUUGAUUGUGGUUUGAAUGUCUGUUGAUCACGUUGUCGAUGAUGUUGGAAGAUGGGUUGCUACUGCUGCUGCUGCUGUUGAUGUUCGUUGAAGACGGAGCUAGUAGAUUUUCAGGAUGGUGGUGAUGGAGAUGACCCAUGUCUGUUUAUGUUGCGAUCGCGAAUCUUUAUAAGAGUAUGUGUUACAAAUUCCUUCCGAUCCCUUCAGUCAAGGUAACAAGUCGUGGAGCAGGCAAGGCCAAAGUCCACAUCAUUCUUCAAGCGGAGCCAGGGCGAAAGAAGUUUAUGAAGGUGGAUGGCCUCCAUCAUUAACGUCUCAAGGUGGCCAUGUCGGUCAUGUGAGACGUGUGUAUCAUCAGCUUGUGUAGUCUCUUGCAUGUAUCCAUAUUCUCUCGCGUCUUCACUCUCUGCAGCACGGCAUGUUAUCUUCUUUGAUAAACUGUCAUCAGUCACCUCGGACUUGAGCUGAUGCUGCAGACCUG